UGACUUUCUCCUCCGUCCCCAGCGCAUGUUUGUUUCCUCCAUAAAAAAGCAAAACAAAAUCUCACUCCCUAUUAACAAAAGUUUCAACCUUUACUUUACUCCAUACAUAACAACAACAAGAAAGCUCCAACCUUUCUUCAUUCCCACGUUUUAUAAUCCUUCUCCGCCAUGACGACAACGUCUAACACCAACGCGAUGAGACUUCACGGCGUAAUAACGGGGAAUCCUCCUCCGGCAACAGAGCAGCAAGAGCAACUCCCUUGUCCUCGCUGCAACUCGACCAACACGAAGUUCUGUUACUACAACAACUACAACUUCUCCCAGCCCCGUCACUUCUGCAAAUCCUGCCGCCGUUACUGGACUCACGGUGGUACUCUCCGCGACAUUCCAGUCGGCGGCGGCACUCGCAAAGCCGCCAAACGCUCCCGCACUUGCUCAUCCUCCGCCGGAAGCCGCAGCGUUCCGUUGCAAGCGACACCUGUUCUGUUCCCUCAGUCGUCGAUCUCUAACGGCGUUAGCCACACCGUAACCGCUCCUCUUGACGGAAAGGGAAGCGCUUUAUCUCUCAGCGGCAGUUUCACCUCUCUGUUGAACCAAAACGCCACUGCAACGCAUGGAUCCGGGUCGGUUCUCGGAAUCGGACUUGGGUCGGGUUAUGAUGACGUCAGCUUUGGACUCGGAAGGGCGGUGUGGCCGUUUUCAACUGUGGGUGACGCUGGGACGACGAAUGUAGGGAGUAACGGUGGUCAUCAGGGAGUUGUUACGAUACCAGCCACGUGGCAGUUCGAGGGUUUAGAGACCAACAACGCCGGUGGGUUCGUCUCCGGUGAGUACUUUGCGUGGCCUGAUCUCUCCAUCACAACUUCAGGGAACUCUCACAAAUGAUAGAAAGCUUCCGUCUUUUUUUUACCACAGGGUUUCGAUUAGCUUAUGCUUCUCUAAUGGAUUUCGUCAAAUCUUUAGUGAUCUCUUACUCUUUAGAACUUGGUGUACUGAAUGAAAGUAGAAAACAGAGAAAGUUUGUGUUUUUUUGG